CUAGUGUCUACGGGUCUCGUGCGGGGUCUCUCUUUUUUUGCUCCCCCUCACUGUCAUUGCUUCCCUCUCAUGAGUUCCGCCGCCGUUCCAGGCGUCCAGAGUACGCUGGCGGGCUCUGCUGCUUCCCCCUCGGCUACUUCGGCCGCAACGGCCAAGUCCCCCUUCAGGCACGUGCGCUACGAGAACCUGCUGGCCGGGGUGAGCGGCGGCGUUGUCUCCACGCUGAUCCUGCACCCUCUGGACUUGGUCAAGAUCCGCUUCGCAGUGAGUGAUGGCUUGGAGCUGAGACCAAAAUACAAUGGUAUCUUGCAUUGUUUGUCAACCAUCUGGAAACAAGAAGGAUUACGUGGUCUGUACCAAGGAGUGACUCCAAAUGUUUGGGGUGCAGGUGCUUCUUGGGGUCUGUAUUUUUUCUUCUACAAUGCAAUUAAAGCCAACAAGACAGAGGAUAAGAUGGAAAACCUUGGAGCAAUUGAACACCUAGUGUCAGCAGCUGAAGCUGGAGUGAUGACUUUGUGUAUUACCAACCCAAUAUGGGUAACCAAGACUCGGCUUGUGUUACAAUAUGACGCCGGUGCUGACCUCUCAAAGAAGCAAUAUAAAGGGAUGUUGGAUGCUCUUAUUAAAAUAUACAAGUAUGAAGGCAUACGUGGGCUAUAUAAG